UGUUGUUCAAAUGGUAACCAGUGGUAACCAGGUAACCCUGUGUUCUGUCAUUCACAUUCACAUAGCACUGCAACUAAAGUCCUUUCAUAAAAGAAGGCCCCCAGGCGCGACGCUAGUGUUAUAAUGGCGCUGAUAAUUAUUUUUUCAUAAUACCGGUCAUAUGGUCAAAUUUUGUGUGAGGCGCUAUCAAUUUUAGUUCAGGUUUUAUCCGCGGGACUUCUUUCAUGAAAAAAACUCUACCUUGAUACUUGCUAUUAAUUUGAUUGUAUAUGUAGGUAAUAUUAUGUUCUUAUUUUAAAAUAAGAUGAUCUGUUGAAAAUACUAUUACAUUAUAACAUUAACCCUAGAAGCCCAAUCUACGUAAAUUUUACGUAUACCACGGCGAAAUAUCUCUGUCUCUUUCACGUUUACCGUCCGAUCGCCGCUAACUUCUGAACCAACUCAGUGGCCAUUAAGACCUCGCAGGACGCAGUUGCGUUAUCUCGGUUGAAUACAAAAUGGAAUCCCGUCAACAGCUAAACCAGGACGAAAUAGUUGCAAUUUUAGAAAAUGAUGACGAUUAUUCUCCGCUGGAUUCGGACUCCGAGGAAGAAGAUCUUGUAGUUGAAGAUGAUGUCUGGAGUGAUAACGAGGACGCGAUGAUCGACUUCAUUUAAGAUACAAGAAGGCAAGAGGGCUCCGAUAACAAUAUUGCUUCUCGGGAAUUGCCUAAUCUUGAGGUAACUUCAUUGACUACACACAGAAUAAUUUGUUUGCCUCAGCGGUCAAUACGUGGAAAAAACAACCAUAUAUGGUCAACUACAAAGGGACGUACGACGGGAAGGACUUCGACUAUCAAUAUUAUACGCACAAAUAAAGGACCAACGCGAAUGUGUCGGAAUAUUGUUGAUCCAUUGCUCUGUUUUCAACUUUAUAUAACAGACGAGAUAAUUCAUGAAAUAGUCAAGUGGACAAACGUCGAGAUGACAGUAAAACGACAAAAUUUAAAAAACAUUUCAGCAAGCUACAGGGAUACAAAUACAAUGGAGAUCUGGGCGUUAGUCGGAAUUCUCACUCUGACGGCUGUUAUGAAAGAUAACCACCUCUCAACUGAUGACUUAUUUGACGCUACAUUCUCUGGUACCAGAUAUGUAUCAGUGAUGAGCAGAGAGAGAUUUGAAUUUAUAAUAAGAUGUUUGAGAAUGGACGAUAAAACACUGCGACCAACUCUUCGUAGCGAUGAUGCUUUUUUGCCGGUGAGAAAAAUAUGGGAGAUUUUUAUCAAUCAAUGCAGACAAAACUAUGUUCCUGGCAGUAACUUGACUGUAGAUGAGCAAUUGUUGGGUUUUCGCGGCCGUUGUCCAUUCCGGAUGUAUAUUCCCAAUAAACCUGAUAAAUAUGGCAUAAAAUUCCCCAUGAUGUGUGACGCUGCAACAAAGUAUAUGCUAGAUGCCAUACCUUACCUUGGUAAAAGUACGAAAACAAAUGGUUUACCACUGGGCGAGUUUUAUGUAAAAGAGCUGACUAAAACUGUACACGGCACAAAUAGAAAUGUUACCUGCGACAACUGGUUCACGUCUAUCCCAUUAGCUAAGAACAUGCUCCAGGCUCCAAUAGUAGGAACAAUAGUAGGAACUAUCAGGUCUAACAAAAGAGAAAUACCUGAAGAGAUCAAGAAUUCUCGCUCACGGCCGGUAGGAUCCUCAAUUUUUUGCUUUGAUGGUCCUUUGACCUUGGUUUCCUAUAAACCAAAGCCGUCGAAAAUGGUAUUUUUAUUGUCUUCCUGUGAUGAAGAUGCCGUUAUCAAUAAUAGUAACGGAAAACCGGAUAUGAUAUUGUUUUAUAAUCAAACAAAAGGCGGCGUUGAUUCCUUUGAUCAGAUGUGUAAGUCUAUGUCUGCUAACAGGAAGACUAAUAGGUGGCCAAUGGCGGUCUUUUACGGGAUGUUGAAUAUGGCAUUUGUGAACUCCUAUAUAAUAUACUGUCACAAUAAGAUAAAUAAACAAGAAAAACCAAUGAGCCGCAAAGAAUUUAUGAAAAAAUUAAGCAUAGAUCUAACGACACCUUGGAUGCAAGAACGACUACAAGCACCUACUUUGAAGAGAACUCUACGCGACAAUAUAACAAAUGUUUUGAAAAAUGUGGUACCGCCAUCUCCGGAAAAUAUUAGUGAUGAGCCAGAACCAAAGAAACGACGCUAUUGUGGAUUUUGUUCAUAUAAAAAAAAGCGGAUGACCAAAGCGCAGUGUUGCAAAUGCUUAAAGGCUAUAUGUGGAGAACACAAUAUUGAUGUUUGUCAAGACUGCAUUUAAAGACUGUUUUUUUCUAAGAGACUUAUAUAGUAUUAUUACAAGUUUAUUUAAUUUUAUGAAAACAUUUAAAAUUACUUGAUUUUUUUUUAUAAUUACGUAAUUUUAAGAAAUAGUGUUAGAAGCUUGAUGUUUUUGUUGAUUUUUUUCCAAGAUUUGAUUAAAGUGCCAUAAUUGUAUUAAUAAAGAGUAUUUUUAACUUAAAAAGUAUUUUAUUUAUUAAUUAAAACUUAAAUUAUGAUAACUCAUGCAAAAAUAUAGUUCAUUACCAGAAAAACAUUGGAAAACUCUGAAAUUUAUUUUUACACGUAAUUUUUACGUAUGAUUGGGCUUUAUAGCUAUUUAAAUAUGAUUGGGCUUCUAGGGUUAAUAAA